AUGCUAUUGUCUAACAUGUAGACUAGUGUAUAUAGUCUACCAUUGUAUGGAUUAAUGUCCCAAGUAUGGGCUAAUUGAAUAUCUGUGGAUUAGCAGCUGUCAAAACAAGGAAACUUAAAGAAAGUCUCAGAAAUAAGAAUCAUGAAGGAUUGCUCUCUUCUUCUCUUAACUGUAUUAGUUCUCCAAGGGGCAAGAGAUGUACUGAUGGAGGUCUGUAAUGGUGUAACAAAUAUAAAUGAAUUGGUUAGUCAAUAUAGUCUUGAAGUGAGUACCAGUUUCUCUAGUGAUGGAAGUUCCUUAUCAUUCAACUGUACUAUCACUAAUGGAGCAGCUAACUUACAGCCUGGACAAGAGUUAGUAUGGACUGAAGGAGGAAUAGAGAUACAAGAAGGGACUAUAAGAUAUUCAGUACAUCAGGCUAAUACCAGCUCUCUAUUAACAAUAUACAAUAUAACUGAUGGACUACAGUACGGUAAAUAUGGUUGCCAGUGUCACAAUAGGUACAGCUAUACACAUAAUUCACUCAGUAAACUGAUAGUCACUGGUUCAUUCAUCCAACACUGCAGUAAUGAAACUAUCAUAACAGCAGCACCACAAUCAGGUCCAGCUCCAAUCAUUACCACACAUAAUGUAUCCAGUCCUGGUCAAACUGUUAGUAUCACAUGUAACCAGUCUAUGGCAGUACUGGUUAAAGAACACAGUAAUGGCUCAUUGAUAGAGACCAUUAACAAUAUUACUGUCUCAACUCCUAAUGAUCAAGGGAAGUUUGGAUGUAUUCUGAAUGAUACAAUACUAGAAAUACAUUAUGUCACUAUUGAAGGUUAUGAGCCAAUUUCUCUUUUAUUCCCACCUUCUCCUGGAACAAUUCUUCUCCCUUUUUCAACUGACUCUAAUUUCACACAGCCUGUGCAGUCUAUUCUCCUCUUCCACUACAAUCAUUUCAAAUAACUUUUAGA